AUGCUCAAAAGCAAACCCAACAAAACUCCAAUUGAGCUCGGAGACAAAAGGAAAAUGUUUGAAGGAAGUCCAGUUGACAAGGGGAAGUACCAACAGUUGGUAGGAAAACUCAUCUGCCACUCACAUACUAGACCUGUCAUUGGUUUUGCAGUGAGUCUAGUCAAUCAAUACAUGCAUGAUCCAUGUCAGGGACAUCUCAAUGCAGUGUAUAGAAUUCUGAGAUAUCUCAAGCAAACACCAAGAAAAGGCCUCUUUUUUAGGAAGACAACUGAGAGAAAGGUUGAAGUGUUCACAGAUGCAGACUGGGCUGGUUCAGUUGAUGAUAGAAAGUCUACAUCUGGAUAUUGCACAAUGGUAUGGGGGAAUGUAACCAUAUGGUGA